CUCUUCUCUUCUUCACGAGCUCUCGAACCCGAGCUCUCUCUCUCUCUCUCCAAGAAGAGGGGAUCCAUGGCGGCAAUCUCGCGGAGCGAGCCCGUGCGGCGUUCCUCCCACCCCGAGGGCCACAAACAGAUCGAAGACGAGCAGCACCGCCUCCCGGCGACCAUCGAUCGAAUGCCGCCUCAACGCAAUCGGUCGGGCAGCUGCUUCACCACUUCCACUCUCUGGUUCUUAUUUUUCAUCUUCAUCUUCGUCUUUGUGACUACGAUUAUCUUCAACUCCUGGCAAAUCGGCCUCUUCCACUCCCCUGGCCCCGGCACCGACACGGUGAGUGGUCUCGCCAGUAAUGGGCAAGCACCGAAGAAGCGGCAUGUUGGGAGUGUGCUGCGGUUCUUGCCUGCAGAUCUGGUUCGGAGAUUCAGUAAUGGUGGGCUUGAUCGGCUGCGAACUUCUCCUCGGCUUGGCGUUAGGCCACCGAGAUUGGCCCUUGUUUUGGGGAAUAUGAACAGUAAUGCACAAUCGCUGAUGCUCUUAAGUAUUGUGAAAGGUCUUCAAGAGUUGGACUACAAGUUUUCUGUUUUUGCCCUAAGGGACGGGGAGAUUCGUCCUUUUUGGGAAGAUGUAUGCUGUAAAGUUUCCAUUUUGCGUGAUGAGGAUUCUACUUCUGUUGACUGGUCAAAUUAUGAAGGUGUCAUUCUAAGUUCUCUUGAAGCCAAAAAGGUUAUUUCGAGCCUUAUGCAAGAACCCUUCUGUUCAAUACCUUUACUCUGGUUCAUACAUGAAGACACCCUUGGGAAGCGCCUUCAGCUUUAUGCAUCAAGUGAUUGGCAAGAUCUUAUUUCUGAUUGGCGGAGCACUUUCAAGAGGGCUGAUGUUGUGGUGUUUCCAGAUUUUUCACUUCCGAUGCUGUAUACUUCACUUGAUACUGGAAAUUUUUAUGUGAUUCCGGGAUCUCCAGUGGAUUUCUGGGCAGCAAACCGUUAUGUGGAAUCCCAUUCUCGCCAGCAAUUACGGCUAGACAAUGGGUACAAUGAUGAUGAUCUCAUAAUUCUAGUUGUUGGGAGCUACUUUUUCUAUGAUGAGUUGCCAUGCGAUUAUGCAGCCAUGAUGGCCUUGGCACCUCAGAUGUUGAAAUUUGCUAGAGCUAAAAAAUUAGGAGCAAUAUUAAAGUUUGCUAUACUGUGUGGAAGCUCAACAGAUGACUACAAUUCAGCUAUUCGGGAGGUUGCUUCUCGAAUGGGAUUUUCUGAUGAUUCUGUCAGGCAUUAUGGUAUGGAUGGUGAUGUGAAUGGUGUGUUGUUGAUAUCUGAUCUUGUUCUUUAUAGCUCCUUCCAAGAGGAGCAGACUUUUCCACCAUUGUUAGUGCGGGUCAUGGCCUUUGGAGUUCCUUUCGUUGCACCCAAUUCAGCUCAAAUAGAGAAAUACGUUAUUGAUAAAAAGCAUGGCUUUUUUUAUCAUCCUAGUGAUCUCAAUACACUAGCUGAAGCUUUGUCGCUUGCAAUAAAAGAUAAUAAGCUGUCUAAUCUUGCUCAAAUUGUUUCUUCUUAUGAAAAAUCAUUCUCCAAAGACUUGUUAGCAGCAGACUGUAUUCUUGGUUAUGCAAAUCUUCUUGAAAAUGUACUUCAGUUCCCAUCUGAUGCUUUACUUCCUAGGCCCCUUAAACAGAUUCAACAGAGAACUUGGUUAUGGACCUUGUUUGAAAGCAUUGAGAAAACUACUAGCCUCGUCCAUGCUGAGAAUUCUGUUGAUCCAAUGGGAAGAUUAAGCAUUGUGUAUUCACUUGAGGAGCAAUUGUCUGGCAGAUCUCACAAAGAGAACAACUCUCAGGAUGUUACUGAGACUUCUGAUGGCCUUACACAGAUAGACUGGGAUGAUAUUCAUGAAAUGGAAAUAUCCCAAGAUUUUGAGAGGAGAGAACUCGAGGAGCUUGGGGAAAGGAAUGAAAAAAUCUUAGGAUCAUGGGAGGAAGUGUACCGUCAAGCCAGGAAAGCAGAAAAGCAGAAGCCUGAAGCACAUGAACGAGAUGAAGGGGAAUUAGAAAGGACCGGACAAACAUUAUGCGUGUAUGAGAUAUAUGAUGGAGAAGGGGCCUGGUCUUUUUUGCACCGUGGUUCUCUAUACCGUGGGAUAAGCCUUUUUAAAGGAAGCCAAAGACCAAGAACCGACGAUGUUGAUGCAACUAGUCGUCUCCCUAUCUUGAAGGAUGCAUUUUAUCGGAAUCUUUUCUGUGAGCUUGGUGCUAUGUUUUCAAUUGCAAAUAAGAUUGAUAGCAUUCACAAAACACCUUGGAUUGGUUUCCAGUCUUGGCGCACAAAUGGAAAGAAGACUUCCUUGUUGACUAAAUCUGAAAAAGCAUUGGAGGAUGCUAUACAAGCAGAGGAUAGUGGAGAUGUUGUCUACUUUUGGGCACUAAUGGGUAUGGAUAUUGGAAACAGAGGAAGAGAUAUGGAUCUUGACUUUUGGUCUAUGUGUGACAUCUUUAAUGGUGGGCAUUGCAGACCCACUUUUGAGGAAGCAUUCAGACAAAUGUAUGGGUUACCCGAUGGUAGUGCAGGCCUGCCUCCAAUGCCUGUUGAUGGUGACCAGUGGUCUACACUUCACAGUUGGGUUAUGCCAACAUCCUCAUUUCUGGAGUUUAUAAUGUUCUCAAGGAUGUUUGUUGACUCACUUGAUGGAUUGCCUCAGAAUUCAAGCUCCCCACUUUCAUGUGUGCUAGGGUCUUCAGAACUGGAGAAAAAGCAUUGUUACUGUCGUGUUCUGGAGGUCCUGGUCAAUGUCUGGGCUUAUCAUAGUGCCAGAAAAAUGGUUUACCUGCAUCCACACUCAGGAGUGCUCGAGGAACAACAUCCAAUUGAAGGACGCAAGGGCCUGAUGUGGGUGAAGUAUUUCAACUUUUCGUUGUUGAAGAGUAUGGAUGAGGAAUUGGCCGAGGAAACUGAUGAUGGUAUCAAAGACAUGGCGGGGCGCCUGUGGCCUUUAACUGGAGAAGUGCAUUGGCAGGGAAUUUUGGACAGGGAGAGGGAAGACAGGUACAGGAAGAAAAUGGACAAAAAGAGAAAGAAUAAAGAAAAACUAAUGGAUAGGCAGAAGCAUGGAUACAGGCAGAAAGCCUUAGGAGGGUAAAUAGGUGAAAGGCUAACAAAUCCUGAUCUGAUGAGCUAUAUAUAGAAAAUGGGCUCUGUCACAGUGAAUGAAUGAAACAGUAAGUUCGGGUGUGAUAAAAGCUUCUGAAGUAAUUCUUUCUAACACCACUGCAUUUUGGUGAAUCAGAGCCGUCUCCGUUGUGAAUAAUCAAAUUCUUUGCUGGAAAAUUGUGCUGCAAAGGAGCACAAUCAGUCUUGCUUAAGAGUCCAGCAGUUGAUUUGUUUCAGGAGACUACAUUUUAUUUUUAUUUGACAUCACCGGGAGGCGAUGAUACAUACAGUCAGACUGAAAUUUUUUUUUACCGACACGUUUUGAGGUCUUUAAUUCCACAGGUAGGUUUCUAAUAUUCCACUUUUUGUACAGUCAGAUAGAAGAUGCAAUUUCAAUGAGAGAAUAGGAAGCCCUUUUUGGGGAAGUGAUCUGUACCACAGCCGAUUUUAGCCCAGGUUUGGGAUCUCUUCUUGUUAUUGAUUUUGUUUUGCAUUCUGAGAACAUCUCAAAGAUUAUGAUAUGCAAAUUGAUAUUCAGUCCCUGAAAAACAAAAAAAAAAAACUGUUCAUUUUAUCUUCUUCAAA